CGUUCAGAACGGGGGCGGCCCGUACCCGACGCACAGAGGCGGAGGGCGCACGGCGGCGGGCCCAGGCCGGGGCAAGGGACGAGAAAAGGAGCCGCCCCCCCCCCAGAAUGGCCAGCAGUCCUGGAAGUAAUGCAUCCCUUUCCUGUGAGAAAACCAUAUUCUCAGAAAGUUCUCAAGCAAAGAAAUCGCAGUAUUCUGAAGAGGAGACCUUUUAUAUGAACUGCAGAGCAGCCUACUUAGCUGUUUUUAAAAGCAGCUUAGAAAAUAUUAAAUCAAAAGAACAACUCUGUUUAGUGCUUCAACAGGCUGGAAGAAAUCCAUCUCAGAAGACGGUUAAUCAGUACUGGACUUCCCAGACCACCACACUGAAUUUUGAUGAUUUUUGUAACAUCUUAAAAAAAGAAAAACCAGCUACAAAAACAGAACUGCUCAAAGCAUUUUUAAAAGUAGAUACAAAUAAUGAUGGAUAUAUUUUGCACACGGAACUUCAUAAAAUUCUGACAAUGAGAGGUGAGAAGAUGACUGUAGAGGAAGUGAAUGCCAUCACUAAAUUGGCUGAUGUAAACAGCAAUGGCAAGCUUGAUUACAACAAGUUUUGUAAAUUAUAUAUGACAACCAGUGAGCAAUGUCGUAAGACUGCACUAGAGAAACUAGAAGUUGACAGUAGACUGAGGCAUCAGCAAUUUGGAAGUCAAGUUGAAGCCUCCUCUGAAAGAGCAACAUCACCAAUAUCAAAACCAUCGUCAAGGACCACAAGGAAAACUGAUCACAAGCCAGCACCAAAGAGAGGUAUUUACUUUUCAUGCAGGGAAGCUCCAUUCCAGGACUCAGGGCCCAUUCUCCCAAGUGAAUCAGCAGGUGACAACAGAACUUCUUCAAGCCCUUCAUCAGCCCAAAGUUGCAAGGCAUCCAUUUCUUCCACUAUCGGCAUGGGCACCAGCAGUAACACAAAUUCAGAGCUAAUUGAGCCAAACACAGUAAAGGAUUGGCAGUGUGCACAGUCCAAAGGAUGCUUCUUCUUAGAGGAAGAUGGUGAAAUCAUUACUCAUAAAUAUAGGUUGUACUUACCUCAAAGGUCAACAAUAUAUAUCACCAUUAAACCUUUAAACCUUAGCCAGUUAGAAGGAAAAACUUCUCCAUGGUUAUCAGUGGACACAGCUUUGUAUGUUCUCAAGGAAAAUGAAAGCCAAGAAAACCUACAGCUUGUGAGCUUUACUGAAGCACAAAAUAAAGAGAUGUUUAUGUGGAAAGGUGAACUGGGAUCUGGUAUUUACUGGCUAAUUCCAUUCACAAGUGGCUGUAAGCUCAAGAAGAUAAAAAAGCAAAUUACUGGAGAAGCCAAACUGGUUUAUAGAGAUGGAGAUGGAGAGCUGGCCCUUACCAAAGAGUUCAAAGCAGCUUUAUCAGACAUAUUUGAAAUGAUUGAUUUAGAUGGAAAUGGCCUUCUGAGCCUGGAAGAAUACAAUUUCUUUGAACUGAGGACUAGUGGUGAGAAAUGUGAUGAGGAAGCCUGGGCUGUAUGCAAGGAGAAUUUUGACACAAAGAAGAAUGAGCUAACAAGACAGGGAUUUAUGGAUUUGAAUCUCAUGGAGGCCAAUGAUCGUGAAGGGGAUCCUAGUGAUCUUUGGGUCACUUUACUGUCACUGGGCUACAAUAAAGCACUGGAAAUGACAGAGGCAUGCCCCUUUGUCAUUGACAUCUAUGCAGAAAAAUGCAAACCCAGAAUUAAAGCUGUUUAUCUGGAGGCAGGCAGCAGGCAACUUAACAGGGCAAUUUGCAAGUCUGUUGUUAACAAAGGAGAUGUCAAAGUACUGGAUAGUCGUGAAAGUAUAAUUGUCUAUACCUACAAAAGUGAUACACGGAUCACUUCUGUUAUUGAAAAUAAGUCUGAAAACAAAGUGAUUAUUCAUGUCAACAAUGAGCAGAGUAAGAACUGUGUAAAUAACAGGGGACUCGAUAUUUUUGCUGUUGAAGUGGCACCAAAAUCCAUGAUGGUUUGUCAGCAUGUGAUGCCUUUGAAAGAGCAAGAAGAAUGGAUAUAUAAUUGUGUGCAUUCUCUUGUACCUUAAACACCAUGUUUAGAAAACAGUCCACUCUUGGAGCUACUAAAACAAGAACUAAAACAGGAUUGUCCUGUGAUUAAUAGAUAAAUUGAUUAAUCUUGUCCACUUCAAAACCAAGACUGAUACAGAUCAUUUAUUUUGUAUCUAUGCUUUGCUCCCAUGGUUUCAGCUAUUCAAGCCAAUGAAUCACAAAGCCUGACUUCAAUCCUGUCCAGUCCCUCAGAUCUGAUGGCCAGAUAUGGCUUUUUGUGACUGCAAAGCCUGCAGCCACAAGCCCCGCCACCGCACUCUGCUGAUUUGAGGGAAUUAGAAAUAUAUAUGCUUUCCUUUGUUGGAGGGGAACACAGCCUUGAAAGCAUAAAUCAGCUGGUAGGCUUGAAAGGAAUAAUCAUCUGCAGAAGGAACACACACACACACACACACACACUUUUUACAUAAAAUGAAUCAUUUAUGUUUUGAAUGUAUACCAAAGAACCAGCUUGCUAUGACCUCUCUCACAUCCUUAGCUGGUCCUGGGCAUAAAGGUAGACAGUGGUCAUUGACAUGUAGUGGAAGUGCAAGUUAUUGUUUUUCAGCUGUGCUUCACAAAUGCCAAGGCUGGCUCAGCCAAUGAUCUUUCCUAUAGCUUGCUGUGCAGUCCUACAUGUGCAAGUCUCUCUCCAACCAACUGCUCUUUCCUUUUGGAUAUCCCACCACUAUCUCAAACUCCUCAUGUCAGAAACUGAGCUUCCCUCUCUCCUCUUUGCCACCAUUGACAACUUCACGCCAUCCAUGUCACGCCACCUCUAAUUUGGUGUCAGUUUUGACUCCUCUCCUUUAUAUCCAGGUUUUUGGCAAACCCAAUUUCUUCUUCCUCCCUAUCUCUAAAAUCUAUCCCUUCCUCUCUGUCAAUGACACUGUGUUAAAAAUCUGACCGGUUAUCUUUUACCCUGAUUAAUGUAACUUCUACCUCCAGGCAUCUCUCCUCUCCACUCUCUCCAGAAUCCUGCAACUAAAAUCUUCCUCUCUCUUGAGAUAACACUCCCUUGAAUCCCUUCACUGGCUUCUACACAUUACCCAGUCAGACUCCCUGUACUCCACUUUCUGUGCUGUGCUUCUCCACUCCUGCCUUCAUCUCUGCUCUGAUUCCCAUCUGCACCUCUUUCACACACUCUGCUCAGUCCUUUCUUCUUCAAGCUUCCUUUGUCUCCUUCUUCCCAUAUUGACUUAUGCCUUUUUUUCAUGUUUCAGUCCAUGUAUGACCACACAACAAAGACUAUACCAACACAGCUGUGUAGCUGUAGCUACCCCAGUAUAACCCUGUAGUGUAGAUGCAGCUUACACUAACAGAAGGGAUUUGUCCGUCCAAACUCCACCUUCCCAAAUGACAGUAGCUACAUCAAUGGAAGCACUCUUCUGUCAGCAUAGCUGUGUCUACACUGGGGGUUAGGCCCUUCUUCCUUCAGGGUCUCUGACAGACACUCUUUAUUAUGAAGAAUGUUUGCUUUCCUAACAGAACAAAUGCUUAGUUAUUCCUAUGCAGUCUCUUUCUGAAAAAUUAUUAGUGUGCAGAGUGAGCCCUACUAGAGGAAUGUUGAAUUUUAUAUAGAAUUAUGUAAUCAUGUGUACCCCUUUCUCACUUUCACCACUUCAACCCUCUUGACUUUAUUUUGCAGCUCGCCAGCAUAGCCAUGUUGAGUUACCUUGUAAGUGUAGACCAGGCUGUAUUUCAUAUAGCUUCCGCUUUCCUGUAUGCCAGAUGCCAUCCCUUUGCUCCUCCUUAUGCUGACCUCUUCCCACUCACAGCUGAUCUUUAGCUGUUUGCAUUGUGUUUAAUUGACAAGGUCGGAAACUUCUUGAGGCACGUCCUUAUUUUCCUAUAUGGCACCACAAUGAUGAUAAUGCGUAUUUCCAUUUUUGUAUGGUACACUUUGCAAUUAAAAUAUGAAGCCCUUUUACA